AUGUCGACUAUUUCUACCUCUAUAUUUGCCUCUACCCAUUUCUUAUGUUCUACAAAUUCCUCAUCUUCUUCGAGAUUCUCUCUUCUUCCCUCCUCAUGUCCUUCCUCUUUUUCUAGAUACCCUUCAUGUUUCCACCAUCUCUGCCACUUUCGAAGAAAAACCCUAACAGUAGUUUUCUCUAAAUCCUCCGAGGCAGAGGAGGAAUUGUCAUCCGUUGAAGACGAGUGGCUCAAGAGACUUCCUGACAAGAAAAAGCCCUUGUACUCUCACAGUUUGCCUUGCAUUGAGGCUUGGCUUAGGGAUAUAGGGUUUUACCAGACCAAGGACGACCGUGCCGUUUGGUUGAUUGAACAGCCCGAGUGGCACGCCCAAUUGUCUCUUGAUAUAACUGAUCUGUAUAUAAGGUACUUGAAGAGUGGACCAGGAAAUCUUGAAAAAGAUGUGGAGAGGAGAUUCAGCUAUGCAUUAAGUCGGGAGGAUAUUGAAAAUGCUAUUCUUGGAGGACCUUAGAGAGAAGAGAACAAUCAUUCCUCCUGCCAUUUUUGGAGCAUUGGUAACAUCAGUCGGGCCUUUGUUUUAUAAUUUUCUUUGGUUGUGAUCUCCAACCUCUCCAACUCCUGUUGUCAGUCACUUGGAAGGCACCAUACCUUUUGUUAUUGGGAUCUCAUGUUAAAACAUGGUCUUUUACGGAAUUAGAAUUAAUACAAAUGAUUUUUUUUCUACUA